AUGUCUCAUUCACGCUUGAAUUUACCAAUAUUAAUAAUAGCGUUGUUGAGUGUUGUGAAAACGAAAAGUGAAUUUGUCAAUGAAAAUUUAUACGAUUCAAAGAACAUCCUAAGCGAUAGUACUAUCGGUUUACAAAGACUUAUAAAUGAGAAGAAAUUCGACGAAAAUCUAGUGAAAAGUGUCGGUCAGAACGCCAACGUCGUGAAUAAUUACGAAGAAAUAACAGUCUUAGACAAUGGUGAAUUGAAAAACUUGAAAUAUAAAUCAGCGAAACCCAAACUUCCCGGGAAUUUUAAAGUGACAAAUAGAGAUUCAGUGAGAAGUAGUGUCAAAGGGAAACUGGAUAAAACCAAGUCGAAGUUCUUCGAUGAGAUUGGAUGUAAGUACUGUUCAUUAUUGUUUCAAUUCACCCCAUUCACGUCAAGGAGACACGGUGAUUAUACUAUGUUAUAA